CGCUCGCAGAGCUCGGUCACAACACUCAUUGGCUCUAACUCUGCUUCGAGAGUCGUAUUAUGGUAAUAUAAAUUGACCAACCGUAGAGCAAAUUCGGUUAGUUCGUUAAAGUUGAUUAAAGCCAUUUAACCGGGACGGAGACGACGAAACGAACGGCGCGACGUCGAUCCCGCGGCGCAGGCUAAACGAGCUUCAAUUGUUUAAUAUCGGAGCCGAUAAUUCGAUCGCGAGUCGGGCUCGCGCAGCCCGAGGGCCGAGGAGCGGCAGGUAGCGGCGCCACGGAGCCGAGCGAGGUGGGCGCGGAGGUAGCGGGUGCGCACCCGCCCGCCGCCGACGGCUACAUGUUCGUGUGCGGGGACGCCGGCGCCGGCCCGCGCUACGAGUGCGCCUUCGAGGGCGGCGGCAUGGAGCAGCCGACCUUCGAGGAGCACAUGUUCGGCGAGUUCGGCAAGGAGCGCCAGGUGCAGGUGGUGGUGGGCGCGGGCGGCGAGCUGCAGUACCGCGACGAGCUGCCCGUGUUCGCGUCGGCGCAGCACCCCGACAAGCGCAAGGACGAGCCGCUGCUGCUGCAGGCCGCGGACGCGCAUCCGCCGCAGCACCCGCCGCCGGCGCCCGCCGCCGCCACCACCACGUCCAAGAAGAGCGACAAGAAGAAAGGUGACAAUAACGGAAUCAAGAAAAAGAAAACGAGAACAACAUUCACAGCAUAUCAGCUGGAGGAGCUUGAAAGAGCGUUUGAGCGCGCCCCAUAUCCCGACGUGUUUGCGAGAGAAGAACUAGCUCUGAAGUUGAAUCUCUCUGAAUCACGAGUUCAGGUAUGGUUCCAAAAUAGAAGAGCGAAAUGGCGCAAACGAGAACCACCCCGCAAGACUGGCUACAUCGGCUCCAGUUCACCGAGCUCAACCACACUAAGCGGCGGCUUCUCCGGCAUCGCAGGCAACUUACCCACUUUCCCUCAAAACGGUUUACCAGCCCCGGCGGAUUCCUGGUCCUAUCAACACUCGUACGAGCUUUCUUCACAUCACCUGCUGUCUUCGGGUAGCAGCGGGUACCCUGGGUUCAAUACUCAACCAGCCUAUUCUUACACCACAGUGCUCAAUGGACACGAUGGACAAAUGUUCGCUCCUCGGCACUCUUACGAAUACGGGGAAGGUAGUCCGCCUCCACUCGGAGUGAGAGAUUAUCCUAUGAUAGCAGCUCACUCGCCUCAGAUGGAGACACACGGGCAUGAUGAAAAACUAGACUAUCGUACCCACGACCACGAGGAUAAAUAUUCGGCGUGUGCGUUACAAGAGGAGCCGCCGCGGUACGCGCCGCCGCCUGAGGAUUAUGAGAAAUGUGGAAUGGUCUCGCACGACAAACACUACGAAAUCGACCGCCAUUCUGACCUGUCGCAGCCUAUUGUGGUCAAAAUGGAGCCCAGUCCCGGUCAGCCGUACACGUCACUGCCCCCUUUUUUGAAUUGAAAUACUCCUUUUCGAAAUUAUCCUAAUGGUCAGAUCAAUUUCGAAAAGGAGUAUUGUAGGAAUAAGUGCGUAAUAUAAUGAAUUUUUUACUUAGUUGAAUAAGAUGUGGGGAAAGUAUGUAGGUAGGUAUGUAUGCUAGAAAUAAACUUAAUCUUAAGACUUAAGUAACAGGAUAGAUUGUUAAUAGUAGUUCGAGAUCGAGUUUUAUAGGUGUAUCGCUUGACUGGCUCGUGGGAUGAGUUGCGGGUUGCGGAAGGAUGCCAGCGACGCACGUUGAAAUUUGAAUUUCUUGAAUGUCGACUGUCACCCUCCCACAACCCACGCCCUACCUCACGAGCCGUCUAAGUAAAAUGCUGAAGCUAUAGAUGUUGUCUAAUUGAGAUGUUUUUAUUUUGGAAGGAUUUUAUAAAUACAUAUAUACAUACAAAAUAGUAAAUUUUUUUACUCGUGCAUUCCUCGUGCCUUACUGUAUUAUACAAUUUAGUGGGUAAGUAAAUAGUAAGUAGAGAUAAUGUGUUGCCUUUUACAAUCCGGGUUCAACUCGCGGUUGGGAAUAGUUUUUUCUGUUAUCAAAAUAGGGAUGUGUGUAUUUAUAUCUGAUAAAGUAGAUAAGAUAGCUAUACUUAUUCCAAAUAAUGUUAAUGCUGUAAAUACAGUUAAGUAGCUAUGCUAAAGCAUGAUUAAGUAAUAAGUAUACUUAUGCUUUGAAUCCUAGCAUAAAAUGUUUUUAUUGCGAAAAAUUGACGAUUUUUUUUAUCCAUUUAAUAUGAAUGAAGCAUCUAUAGAUUAACAACAAAAAAGUUUCACCUGCUAAACAUCAAAAUACAUGGUCAUAGAAAAAAACCUUGGUAAUUUUUAAAAACGGGGUUCCGUUGUACGUAUAAUCCCUUCCCUCGUAGUUUCGUCCGUACUUUCUGUGUGUCAUAGGCAUGUUACAAAUAAAUAUGACCCACUUGCACUCUUCUUGCACCAAACUGCAUAAUCUGGUUUACUUAGACUAGUUAAUAAGAAAAGGGCCGGAAUAGAAAAUUUUACUUAAACACAUUUAAAAGGUUGGUGCAAGCCAACAGCUGUUAGCUGUAAAUUUGAAAAGUACAGUAAUUAUAGAAACCUGUUACCGCUGCACAGAUGCAUAUUAAAAUAAAAUAAAAAACGGCCAAGUGUGAGUAGGAUUCGCACAUGAAGGAUUUCGUACCAUCUUACAAGAUAUAAUAUACCUAACACCUUUAUGUAGAACUCUGCAAGUUAAUAACAGUCUGCGCC